GGUCGCUAUAUACCAGGAAAAUUGAGUAACUAUAUUCUUAUAGUAGUAUUCUGUAGUAUCAGGAAUUUCAUCCUCUCUUCUUUUUUUCUCUGUCUCCCCUGACCUCUUUCAAUGCCCUCACUUCCUACCAUGGCCGAGUAAUUGCACUUGAAACCACUCUAUCAUGUGUUAUAUUUCGCCUGCAGUUUCGAAGUGACAAAAGAAGUGACGUCACUACCGUGUACAUAUCUGAAUUUCAUUUUGGAAGUUGAAUACCAUAGCGAAAAGAUCGAGGCCAUGACAACUAUUGUAUUUGUCAAAACGCCUUUGUUGGAAAAAAUAUAGAGAUGUAAAGAAAACGUACAAUUAUAAUUUUUUGCAAUCGCUCACGCAUUCAUUGGCCUACAGAAGGAAAUAUUACCGGGUCUCUUCAAUGCAUUUCUAAACUUUGUGUUCUAGCUACAUUACAGUAAUACCUCAAUGUGUAUAAUGUGACCGCCCUGAAAAGCAGACCAAGGAUGGCAGAUCGAAAUGAACAUAUGGCUUCAUCGCUUCGGAUUGUGCUUUUGUGUUUAUUUUUCUUUAAUUUCAUGCCCAACGGACUUGGGUUUGGAGAUGUUGAAUGGUAUGAAAAUUACACCGUAAAUGGAUGGACGAUCCCGGUAUGUACACGUUCGUUACCAUGUAACAGUGAAAACUGUUCCACUACCCCGUACAACUCAGCUGGCCAAUGUUACUGUGAUCCUGUCUGCUUUUACUUCAGUGACUGUUGUAUCGACUUCUUCAAUGAAUGUGAGGAAGAUCUUGCUGAUGAUGACUUCUCUGAGGCGACCAAAGGCAUUUAUCCUAGUCAGUUCUCAUGCGUGAAACCAGCGGGAAAUCCACAAUUUGAUGAUCAGUAUCUGAUGGUGAGCAAGUGUGAUGAACGAUGGAAUGAUGAAAAAACAGACAUGACUAAAGCAAAAUGUGAAAGUCAGGCGAUGGACGAAGACUCACUUACAUUCAUACCUGUAGUAUACAUGAACAGCAUCACAUUUAAAAAUAUAUAUUGUGUUCUUUGCAACUUCAAAAAUGACAUAAGCCGUGUUACACCAUGGGGAAUAGACGCAACAUGCCUGUCUGCAGAAUUCGCAAACACAUCACGAAGUAAUUUCAAUAACGAUCAAAUUAGUGGAAUUAUAAAGAAUUGCUAUUGGAACUUUGUGAAUCCGUUUUCAUCAACAGCUGCAAGAAGAUGUGAUAAUGCACGAAGCACGUCAUGCGACGUCGACCAAAACAACGAUACGAUGGUUCAACUAGCUGAGGCUUGUGAGUCCUAUAAAGGUGUCGUCAGCGUUUAUAAUAACCCACACUGUCACUUGUGUUACAACGCUUUGGUAUUAAAUCAAAAUCUCGAUACAAUUUAUUUAAACAUGAUUUACAUGAAAUGUCCACCCAGCACAACUGAUAAAUCCAUUGUUGAACCAAUUUACCCUUAUCCGAAUUAUCCGAUUUCUGUCCUUUUCGAUUUUUCAUCUGUUAACAAUCUCCCUAGCCAUGAACAACAACUCGAUCUUUCCUGUGGAGAUAAUCAAAUCUAUGACCAAUAUCAAAACGUUUGUUUAAACCUUUCGUGUCCAGUGGGAUAUAGCCUCAUGAACAGCUCUUGUCAAAGACUUCCUUCAAACUUGAGUUGCUUGUUCGAGGAAGGAGUCCCUGUCUUUAUUGAAAUGGAGUGCAUGUACGCUAUCGAAAAUAACUCGAACUGCAAUCCUGAUGUGCAUUUACCCAAUACCAUAAUAUCUUUAUUCGAUAAAAACUACAUGACUUCUAGUAAUCUUUCGGUUAGUAAUUUCCAAGCUGAAGCAAUAAGGAAUAGGUCUUUAACGGUAUGUUCUCAACGCCUGGAAAUAUGGGGAUAUCUACAAAUGAAUGUUGAUGUUUCUCAAGAAAAUUUAGAUAGUGUAAUUUUGUCCAAAAACAUUCAGAACCACUUGGGAAAUGCCACUUGUAGUGACAUGACUUUAACAAUUUCCAUUGGAUGCAGCAACCUUAAAGAAACUUGUCCUAACGUCGCUCUACAUGAUGACUUCGUAAAAUCACAUGAUGACGGGACAAGGCAGAAGUUUUUAAUCGGUGAAAUUGCUUAUUACUUUAAGGAUUCUCUCUAUUCCAUUGAAUAUAACAUUACAUCAGCGCAGACGAACUCAAAGCGAGAAUAUUUACAAGUGUGUAAGGUACCAUCUGAAACAUGUACAUUGGUAUCACAGAACGUCUCGCUUUUUGUUGACUUAGGCAAUGGAUCUUACCUGUAUUUGCCUCUUAACAGAACAUUGACAUCGAAUGACUAUAUUGAAGUUGGAAAUGACACGAUUUUCGUUUGCUCUUACGUAUUAAACAAUAACAAUUCUUCUGGUUUUCUAAAUUUUUCUUCUGCUCAAUCAAUUCUAAGUACCAUCGGUCUUACGUUGUCCGUAAUUGCACUUUUCUUGACUUUCCUUUCUUAUCUCAAGUUUAAUCUUCUACGGAAAGCAACCUCGAACAUUUUGAUUAUGAGUCUUUGUGUUACCCUUAUAGUCGCCCAAUUAUUCAUCUUAUUUGGUGGGCUAGCGGCCUUGAAUUCGUCUAUCUGCAUCUCUUUUGCAAUCAUGGGUCACUACAUGUGGAUUGCAGUUUUCUCACAUACAACAGCUCUUGCUUUCGAUUUGCAACGUCGUUUCGGCAUCGCAGCAAAGUUUGGCCACACCGAUGAGGGCGCUUCGGUACUUUCAAGGUUCCUUUUAUUUGUUUGGGCGUGCCCAGUCCUUGUUCUCGGUCCUUGUCUUGGAGUAUACUUUACUGGCAAAACUUUUCAACAUUUCUCCCUCACCUACAAUACACUUACUUGUUGGAUCGGUGAUGGUUUGGCCAAUCUGUAUGUCUUUGGAAUCCCUGUCGCUUGUUUUCUCAUCAUCAAUAUUAUUUUGUUUGUCAUGGUAGUUGUUGGUCUUCAUCAGAUGAGAAUGAGUCCGGUUAACAAGCACAAGAGCAAAGACUCCAAACUGUCGUCCGACCUUCUGAUAUAUAUAAAGAUGUCGACUCUACUUGGCUUCACCUGGGUAUUCGGUUUUAUAGCUGCCUUCGCCGGUGUCACAGCUCUCUGGUAUAUCUUCAUCAUCCUCAACUCUCUCCAAGGAGUCUACAUCUUCAUUGCAUUUGUCUGCAACCAGCGUGUCCUGAUACUCUGGAAGGAAUCUUGUCCCUGCUUUGGUAGGCUCUCCUCGAUGACGUCCUCCAAGUCAAGAUCGACAUCGUCGGAAAUGGUGACAAUGAAAAAAUCAAAGGGGAAAGUCUCGGGUAGCGAAUCGAUGCUCUAAAUGCACACUCAGAGAA